AUGACAGCCUCGUCGCUUCACGGCACAACGCCCGAACGUACUAUUUCCAAUGGCAUAUCUGACACGGACCCACCCAUUAUGCCAUUGAACUACCAUGGGUCCAUAGACAACGAGAAACCACACUCUGUGUAUCGAGACAUAGAGUCGAGGAGUCUACCAGACCAGGAUGUCUCGUACCCAGAAGGUGGCAAGGGCUGGUUGGUCGUGUUUGGGUCUNUUUGCGGCAUGCUUGCAGCUCUCGGACUCAUGAACUCGAUAGGAAUUUAUCAAGCCUACCUGGCAACUCAUCAACUGAGCGAGUAUUCGGAGAGUCAGAUAUCUUGGAUUUUCAGUGUAUAUUCCUUUCUUUCAUUCUUUUGUGGUGUGCAAAUUGGCCCAUACUUUGACGCCAGAGGCCCUCGUCUACUCGUGGCAUGUGGCAGUGUCUCGCUCAUCGUAUGCACUCAGCUGUUGGGAAUCUGUACCAAGUACUGGCACUUCAUGCUUUGCUUCGGAGUCCUAGGAGGCAUUGGGACGAGUUUGAUAUUCACCCCUGCCGUCUCUAGUAUUUCCCAUUGGUUCCUAGUAAGACGCGGCAAUGCUACUGGUGUUGCAGCCACGGGUGGCGCUGUGGGAGGGGUCAUCUUUCCGCUAAUGUUACAGAAUCUUUUCCCCAAGGUCGGAUGGGAGUGGGCUACACGCAUCCAGGGCUUUAUCUAUAUCGGCCUUCUUCUCAUGGCCAAUUUCUUUAUACGCUCACGGCUUCCACCCAAGCCUGGCGGCAGCGUCUUGCCAGAUUUUCGAAUCUUUAGAGACAUCCCGUUCGCCCUGACCACGGUUGGAGUCUUCUUCGCCGAGUGGGGACUGUUCAUUCCAAUCUCGUACCUGACGUCCUACGCUCUAGGAUCCGGUGCUUUUAGCACAACCUUUGCAUAUCAACUCAUUGCAAUCUUCAAUGCUGGAAGCGUGGUUGGACGGUGGGCGCCUGGAUAUCUCGCCGACAAGGCUGGAAGAGUAAACCUUAUGAUCGUUUGCCUGCUGCUGUGCGCUCUAUCGUCGAUGGGUCUCUGGCUCCCAGCUACAGUCCUGUCUGCCUCUGGUAGUAACGAUUCGACGAUCCUUGGACUGACGAUAACCUUCGCAAUUCUCUUCGGCUUUGGCUCUGGGUCCAACAUUAGCUUAACGCCUGUCUGUGUCGGGCAGCUCUGCGAAACCGAGUCCUAUGGUCGCUACUAUGUAUGGAUUAUCAAACUCAUCAAAUCCAGAGCUCUAGCUAACCCUCAGCAGUCCACCUGUUACACUAUCGUUUCUCUGGGCACACUGACGGGCCUGCCAAUCGCAGGAGCGCUCCUCGAAGCAUGCAAUGGUGAAUAUUGGGGCCUUGUAUUGUUUACAGGCAUGUGCUACAUCAUCAGCUAUGUUGCAUUCUCUUGGGUCAGAGUGAUGAAGCAAGGAUGGGGCAUAAAAAGAUCUACUGAA